AUGCCAGCUCUCCUCCUGGCCGUCAGGAUCAACAGCAAGGGCCGGGAGGUGCUGUACCUGGCCAAGGGCGACUCGGUGAAGCUGGGCUGCCCCUAUGUCCUCGAGCCUGAAGACAACGGUCCCCAGGGCUUGGGCAUCGAGUGGAUCCAGAUCACGCCUGAGCGGACUGGCCCUGAGAACGUGUUCCUGUCCUACCAUGACCACCACGUCAACUACGGCAGCGGUUCGGGGCUGCAGGACCGGGUGGCCUUCGUGCAGAACGACCCCAGCCAGUACGAUGCCUCCAUCCGCCUGGCUGACCUGCAAGUCUCCGACACAGGCACCUACCAGUGCCGGGUGAAGAAAAACACUGUGGCUGUGCACGAGGUUAUUGUCACUGUGCAAGGACGUGCUCCUGGCGACCUGAUAAUCCGUAGCCUGUCAGAGGUGCACGCUGGUGUCUACCAGUGCCGUGUCACCAACCGCGUGGGCUACUCCGUAUGCCAGCUCAACCUCAGCCCUGGGCCAAGUAAGUGCCAUGGUGAGGGGGACAGUGUGGACAGAGUGCAACCGGGGGCUGGCUCUGCGUGCCAGGGUGCCACCGGGGGCAUGGUGACCAGUGGGCAGCCGGUGGGGAGGCUGGUGGUGACAGGCUGUGCUCCCGCGCCAGGAGGAAGGCAGGCGGGCAUCAUCGUGGGCUCCAUCCUGGGCUCCCUCCUGCUCCUCAGUCUGCUUGGGCUCCUCAUCUGGGCACUGAUCUGCCGCUACCGCCGGAAGGAGUGCCAACGGACAUGCAGCGACUGCAGGAGCAGCACCGGCGGCACCAUGACCCGUGCCUGCAACGUCUGCGCCCACCACAGCUACUCACCCCACGGCAUCAGCUACAUGCAGUGCCAGCACGGCGACAGUGACGAGCGGGCGGCUGCCCUCAUGUGCAACGAGGGCAUCCGGCACCAGGUCGCCUGCCCGGCGCUGUAA